CACGCGACCAAAUACGCAAAUAAACAUACAAAUAAAUAAAAAACAAAAAGGCAGGCGACAAUAUGGCCUGCUUUCCGCGUUUGUUCCAUCAUCGAAGUAAAAAUAAAUUUACUCCCGCGCAAGAUGAGAACACCGACACGAUACUCAACACACAUGAUAGUCCCGUGCAAAUUGGCUUGUACAUUCGGCGCGAGGAGAAACCGCUUUACACGCCCAUCGUUACACCCAGCGCUAGUGAGGCCAAACUGCAACGGCUAAGACUGCCGACCGCAAACUCCUCCUCCUCAUCUUCGUCACCCAGCAGUUUCCCACCACAGACGCUGGCCGAAAAUUACAAUGCAAACAAUACAAACAGCAUGCAGCGGCAGCCCAAGAAGUUUCGCUCCAACAAGAGCAAGCUGCAGGCAGGCAAAGGGAAGGAGAAGCAAAAUGGCCAGACGCAGGCGGAGGCGGAGGGAGAGGGAGACGGAGACGGAGACUCUGUCAACGGCAAUCCAAUUAAUGUCACACGCUCAAAUUCAAAAUUAAAACCAGUCAAAGAGCGGCGACCGACAGCCCUGCCCACAGAGGCGCCCAAUAUCGAAUUUGUUGAUGCGGAGGAGGAGGAGGAGGAGGAGGAGAAUGCAGAUGGCGGUGCCUGUGGUGAUGAUGCCAUGGAUGGCAAGUCAAAACUCAAAGUGAAUGAGAAUGGCAUAAUUGAUGAGGUCCCAACACCUUUAUCAGAGGGAAAAGUCAAGUUUUUCAUUGGUCACACACAGGAACUAAGCACAGAACCAAAAGACGAUACUUUGUCCUGGCAAAGCAGCGAUACCAACAACAACAACAGCAACAACAGCAACCUGCCCCAAGAAGGCGGAACGGGAGAGCUGCUAGCGACUACAAUCAAUGGCAAAAGUAGCAGCACUGUGUCCCUCCAUGGUCUGACAAAGAGCAGCACAGACAAUCAUCGUCGCCGACGAGUAUCCACCAUGUCCGAUAUUCACAUACCGCCAGCACCGCCGAUGCCAACGGAGCUGUUGGUGCCCGGCACACCUCUGCACUUGCGGAAGAAGCGCAGCGUCGAGUGCCAGCAGAAUCAACAAACUGAUGAGAAACUGGCGCCUUUGGAGGCUACAAACAAUCAAGAACAAAUGCCAACACCUAAGGGAAGCUGCGAUGGCGAGGAAUCAGUGACUACAAAGGCUCAUCGCGUGGAGGGUGGCCUGAUCUAUAUACGACCGACUCAUCCCAUUCAAGGCGACAUUGAAAUUCAAUCAAUUACAAAAGACAAAGCCACACAUAAUCUCAUCCACAUGGCCAUUGAGCGCAAUGACUUCCUGAAUAACCUCAUGGACAAAGAGCGCAAGGAGAUGGUUAUCAGUGCAAUGGCGCCGGCCAGCUACAAAAAGGAUAGUUACAUCAUACACGAGCACGAGGAAGGCUCCGAAAUAUACGUCUCUGCAGAGGGUCACUACGAGGUUAUACGCGCGGGACAGCUUGUGGCUAACUUUGGACCGGCAACUGUCUUUGGGGAGCUGGCAAUACUCUACAAUGCUCCCAGGCAGGCAACCAUUAAGGCUGCCACCGAUGCCCGAGUGUGGAAAAUAGAACGUGAGACCUUUCGAACCAUCAUGCAAAUCUCAGGCUCCAGGGAGCGUGAGGAGAACCUGCAAUUCCUUCGAUCGGUUCCAUUUCUGCAAGAGCUCGACAAGAGCUUGCUCAACAAAGUUGUUGAUCUCCUGCAAAGGAAAUUCUAUAAGACUGGCAGCUGCAUUGUACGUGAAGGCGAGAUAGGAAACGAGUUCUACAUCAUUCGAGGCGGAACAGUAACCAUAAAGAAGGAGGACGCGUCCAGCCAGGAACAAGUUGUGGCAAUGCGGAAGCGGGGCGAUUACUUUGGCGAACAGGCGCUCCUAAAUGCGGAUGUGCGGCAGGCCAGUGUCUAUGCAGAUGCACCAGGCACAGAGGUGCUCAAGUUGGACAGAGAAGCUUUUAUAAGCUAUUUGGGCACCAUUAAGCAGCUGCGCGAGAAGCCGAAUCAACGCAUUGAAACCCAUGGUCGAUUCAGCAACAAAAGUGUGGAAUUCGAUAACGAACAUGCCCAAAUUGCCAUCUCUGAACUGAAGAAAGUUGCCACACUGGGAGCCGGUGCAUUUGGACGUGUGGAUCUGGUGGCCCAUGGCCAGCAAACCUUUGCCCUGAAGAUUAUCAAGAAGAUUGAGGUGGUCAAGCAGGACCAAAUCGAGCACGUCUACAAUGAGAAGAAUGUGAUGAUCAAGUGCAGGAACUCUCCCUUCAUAGUGCAACUCUAUCGCACAUACCGGAAUGACAAAUAUGUUUACUUUCUGAUGGAAGCCUGCAUGGGCGGUGAUGUGUGGACAGUGAUGUCGAAGCGGCAGUAUUUCGAUGAAAAGACCGCCAAGUUUAUAGCCGGCUGUGUGGUCGAGGCGUUUGAUUUCUUGCACUCGCAUAAUUUCAUUUACAGGGACUUGAAGCCGGAGAACCUCAUGCUGGGCACAGAUGGUUACUGCAAAUUGGUUGACUUUGGUUUUUCCAAAUAUGUUCGUCCCAAUGAGAAGACAAACACCUUUGCCGGCACGCCUGAGUACGUGGCACCCGAGAUUAUUUUGGAUCGUGGACACGAUCGUGCCGUCGACUACUGGGCAUUGGGCAUUCUAAUAUACGAGCUGCUAGUGGGCAAAACGCCCUUUAGAGGCGUGAAUCAAAUCAAGAUUUAUCAGCAAAUCCUCAGCGGCAUCGAUGUCAUCCACAUGCCCACUCGAAUCCCAAAACCCGCACAGCAUUUGGUUCGUCAUUUGUGCAAACAAUUGCCGGCCGAGCGUUUGGGCUAUCAGCGCAAGGGAAUUUCCGAUAUCAAGCGACACAGUUGGUUCGAAAGUCUGGAUUGGCAGCGGCUGAAAAACAAACAGCUGCCAUCCCCAAUAAAGCGACCCUUGAAAAGUUGGACAGACUUGCAAUAUUUUGGGCCGUCUGGCGUGGAAAACGAUUAUGAACCACCCGAAGAAUUAAGCGGUUGGGACAUCGACUUUUAGUGCUUACAAAUAUGCCAUAAGUAGAAUUAUGAUACACUUAAGCUUAA